GUUCUCUGGCAGCAUUGGCGUCGGCGCAAGCAUGGAGCGGGAGUACUUCAGCGGCAGCCUGGUGGAGACCACGAAGUCGGCGAGCGGCGACCGUGCCGGCGUCGGCGAGCUGGGCGCACUGAAGCGCUCGUCGUCGUACAAUGCAGACAGGGGCAGAGAAUCUGCAAUGAACACUACUGCCAGUGGUAGUUGCAAGCUGGAGCUGGCAGCGGAGGAGGUGGACGGCGUCCGCGCCCGGUGCAUCCCGGCCGGGAGGAAACCCAGCGGCGGCAGCAGCAGCAAGAAGUCUCCGACCACCCACGUCCACGUUAGCAGCCGGCGCGGCGACCAACCGGAAACUACCGACAACGGACGGACUGACUGAAUUCAGCGAACAAAACUCUGCAAAACAUACUAGUACUACUAGCAGUCUAGCAUCAAAAUGUGGAUCGAAGCGCGUGCACUGCAGACUGAACGAACGAAUGUCUUGCUACGGCACGAGCUCUUGCAUCGACUCACUUUCUUUUUUAUAUUUUCCCCAUUCCCGGAGUAGCUAGCGUAGAAUUCAAACUCACUUGUAUCAAGGUGUAUGUAGCAUGUGUGUCCGAACCGAGCAGCGUGGCACAUGCAGUGUUUGACUUUGUGUUUUCAUUUGUUCAAACUUCAAAACGAGGUUGCAUCCAUCCCCAAUUCCCCACCCCA